UCCAACCAUUGCUGGCGAGCUCAUGCUGAGCGAGCAGAGACUCUGAGCGGUUCAGCUCAGACGCACCUCGCCGCGCGCUGACUAGCUCUGUCUCGCUUGGUUCGACCUCGCCAUGUCGUCCCUCAAGAGACCCCGCUCCCACCCCCCUUCCCCAACCACCUCGUCAUCAUCCAAACGUGCCGCCUCUGAAGACCCCCUGUCCACCGACCUGCCUGAAUCCCCGGACAGCGCGAGAACGGCAGAACCAGAGGACCCCAACUGGGUGCAAAAGACUCAAGAUUUCCACCUCGAGUCAGAUCCGGCCUCCAUGGACGUGGACAAACCCGAAAACAAGUACAAAUCCCAGUAUGACUCAUUGCUCAACGAAAUAUCUCCUCCAUUCACCCCAUGGACACUCUACUACCUCCUGCCAAGUGCCUUCCUCAACGACAUCAAGCACGCUGCACUUGGUGACGGGGAUCCUGACCUCAAGCUUGACCUCUCCCCGCUAGUCUUGUCCCCGAUAAAAGUCUGCUCCUACGUCCAUCCGAAAAGCUUUGCCGUUGAUCAAGACUUUUGGCCCAUCCGCGCAGGCUUACAGGAGAACGAUGACUUUGUCUACAUUAGUUCGGCGGGGUGGCAGAAGAUCGUCGAGUGGUACCCCUACGACGGACCCGUCCUGCCCCGUUGGUGCCUCCCCGGCGACACGUUUGAGAUUGCCCCAAAAAUCUACACCCUGCACAUCUUCAAACGCACCAAUGACCAACCCGCCUUCCCCACCGUCUCCGCUCCCCUCUUCACCUGCCCAUCGGUCCUUCCUCUCAAAGAUCUUCAUGCCGUUCUCCACGCACUAUACGCCCAUCUCCGCCAACCGCGUCCCGAGACCCGGCUAUGGACUUUCGCGGCGCCCCCUGAGCCCAUCGUCGACCUCGUCAUUGACCCUGCCGUAGUGAUCCAGUCAGCAAGCACAUUUCUUGACCAAAAUAUCACCUGCGCCGAGGCGGGCCUCGAACAGGGCGACCAGCUCGCCCUGGAAUUCGCCCAACCUGGGCCCAUCGGCACCAUGUGGGCGGUCGACUCAGACGGGGGCAAGGCUGCCGAGCUCAACCUCGCCUCGGCCACCGCCCCGCCCCCUCUGUUCUCCAAACCCGCCUUCUUCGGUGGCUCCGGCGAAUCUAGUCAAGGCGUCCAGACCCGCAGCAGUGCUCGCAAAGUUCGAGGCAAGGGUCUUGUCGGCUUAGUGAACCUAGGCAACACUUGUUUCAUGAACAGUGCUGUCCAGUGCCUCAGCAACACGGUCGAGCUCAAGGACUACUUUCUUUCCGGCGUCUACAAGUCCGAACUCAACGCCGAUAAUCCCCUUGGCAUGGGCGGCAAGGUCGCGGAAAACUUUGGCGCCACCAUCGAAGCCCUAUGGACUCAGCCUGAGUCAUCCUUCGGCUUCUCGCCUCGCCAACUGAAGUACACCACCAGCCGAUUUGCCCCUCAAUUCGCCGGUUACGGCCAACACGAUACCCAAGAAUUCAUCGCUUUUCUCCUCGACGGGCUCCACGAGGAUCUUAAUCGUAUUCACAAGAAGCCGUACAUCGAAAAACCCGAUUGGAAACCCGGAGGCGGUGACAAGGAGCUCGCCCUCCUCGGCAAGGAGUGCUGGGACGGGUACAAAAAACGAAAUGACAGUGUCAUUGUCGACCUCUUCCAGGGACAGCUCAAAAGCACCCUGGUAUGUCCCGUGUGCACAAAAGAAUCCAUCACGCUCGAUCCAUUCAUGUAUCUCACCGUCCCCCUGCCCAUCGCCCAGACCCGCAUCUUCAAAUGUCACUUUGUCCCCCUCGAUCCCGAGAAACUCCCAUGCCCAGUCCGCCUCUUGAUACCUCAAAACGCAUCCUUCAUGCAAGUCAAGGAAAAACUCGGUAGCCUCUUCAACUGCGAUGCGAAAAAGAUCAUCGGGUUUGACCUCUGGAAAGGAGCCGUGUACGCAUGGUGGUUGGACGCCGAUCACAACUCGGCAUGCAAGGACUCUGACGAGGCAGUGUUCUACGAACUCGCAGUGGAAGUCAAAGCCGGUCGUUCCGUCGGCCAUCUUCCCGGUGAGGCUAUCACGGUUCCCGUUUACACUCUUCAUUCGGUGGACGGCCACCAGCAAACCGAGACAUCCCAACCGUUCUUUAUCACCCUCAGUAAAGCCGAGGCGGCAGACCCCGUCCUCGUCCGUGAAGCCAUCACUCGAGGCUACUCUCGCCUCAUUCGGCCCGAGAUGCGAAGUAAAAUGUGGACUUCCAGCGGCUCGAGCCGCGCGGCGAGGGCCAUACCUCAUAUGGGCGACGACUCUGAAGAACCCGAUGAGCAUCCCUCUGGUCCACUUGCACCCCGUGGAGACCUGUUCAAGGUGCACGUCGCCGAAGCUGAAUCGGGCUCCAGUCUCAACAUCUUCAAGGGCAAAGACGAUGUCAUACCUUUCUAUAAGGGCGGCUUGACACACGCCGCUGGCACGUGGUCUCUCCUCGAAAGCCGUCGCAAGCCAAAGAAGAACAUGUUUGGGCACAUUACCACAGGCAUAAAGUCCAUCGUGGGGCACGGCUCGGACGACGAGGGAUCGCCUGCGACGACCCCACUCGGUCCCCCUGUCGCCGUUCGUCCAGGCGAGGGAAUAUUCUGCGAGUGGCCCGUGAAGAAGUUUAGCGAGUUCUUUGACGCCACCCGGCUUGCCGAUGCGGUCGUCGACCCCGCCAUCGCCAAAGAGGCAGAAAAGCGCAAAAACGGUCGCUCCAUCUCGCUCGAGGACUGCCUCGAUGAGUUCUCCAAGGAGGAAACCCUUGGUCAAGAUGACUUAUGGUACUGCCCCCAAUGCAAAAAACACCAAGCGGCCACCAAAAAGCUUGAAAUCUAUCAAGCCCCCGACAUUCUCGUCAUUUGCAUCAAACGAUUCGGCUCUUCACGUCGCUUACACGACAAGCUCGAUAACAUGGUCAACUUCCCCAUCGACGGCUUGGAUCUCACUGAACGUGUCGGUGAGCGCCAAGUGGCAAAAACCCUCCACCUCAACGCGGAGCAAGCCAAGGAGUAUGGCAUGCAAAGCGAUGAUCAAAUCAUUUACGACCUAUACGCCGUCGACAACCACUUUGGAGGACUUGGCGGCGGUCACUACACGGCGUUCUGCAAGAACGCUGAGGACGGUCGCUGGUACAACUAUGACGACUCGCGAGUCUCCCCCGCGUCACCUGAUGCAGUCCAAAGCAAAGCGGCCUACUUGUUGUUCUAUCGCCGCCGUACCGAUCGACUUAUCGGGGGCAUCUCCCGGAUCAAGGCAGAGGAGGCGUCCCGCGCAGUGUCCCCUAUACCCUCGGAGGCUGACGACACCCCCUCGUCGGGCGCUGUCACCCCGUCGACUCCGGCACCACCGAGUCCCACGCUGAGCAGUCGGUCCUCCGUCGACAGCCGACCUCCCGAUCUAGACUGGAUUAACGGGACGCUCAGCUCGGAUGUCAAACUCGCCGAGGUUGGCAGCGCUAUCGGCUACGGCAACGAUGCGUGGAAGACAAAAGACGAGCCUUAAAUGAUGCAUGCCACGUGGCGUUGUAAUAUAUCAUAUCGAAAAAAUACCUGAACUGUUUUCUCUUCACUACACAUCAUGAACGCCUUAGCCAGC